AUGAUCCAAAACGCACACAUAGGCAUAGGUAUCAGUGGUCUCGAGGGACGACAGGCUGUGUUGGCGAGUGACUUCAGCAUUGCGCAGUUCCGCUUCUUGGAACGGCUGUUGCUGGUGCACGGCAGAUGGUCGUACCUGCGCAUGUCGCGGUUUCUGAGUUACUUCUUCUACAAGAACUUUGCGUUCACGCUGUGCCAGUUCUGGUACGCCAUCUUCUCCGGGUGGAGUGGCCAGACCAUCUUCGACGCGACGUUUGUGACCAUGUACAAUGUCAUCUUCACAUCGUUGCCGAUCAUCGCUGCAGGACUGUUUGAGCAGGAUGUCACCGACCGGGUAUCCCAACUGUACCCACAUAUGUACCAAGUGGGCCAGAAGGACUUGUUGUUUAACACCAAAAUCUUCAGCUUCUCGUUGGUAUUGGGUGUUUACCACUCAUUUGUGUGUUUCUUCUUCGCCUGGGCGGCGACAGGCGAUAACAUCCUGUCAGACGGACACACCUAUGGCUACCAGUGGCUGGGUGUCAUGAUUUCCGGCGCAGUUGUGGUAGUGGUGAAUCUGCAGAUCGCCGUAGACCUGUAUCGGUGGACCAUCAUCAACCACGUGUUUGUCUGGCUCAGUAUCAUCAGCUGGUGGAUAUUCACCUGGUUCCAGUAUUCCAUGCCUGCCCUGGUUUACAUGGUUGGGUUCUACGGCGUGAACUUCAACUCGCAGGGCGAAUGGCUGUGGUGGUGGACUGUGCUGCUGUCAGUGGUCGUGUGCAUCCUACCGGUUCAUCUAUACAAGUACAUCCGGGUGUACUUCUACCCGACGCCUGUGGAUAUUGUGCGUGAGAUUACCUACCUGUCCAGAGCGGCACGAGAGGGCCAGGGUAUCUUGGCUGACAACCGGGGUGGCAGUGUGCAAGACAUUCAUUUCCAAGGAAGCACGAACUUCAAUGCCACGCUGCUGGCUGCAGUGUCUGGUGUCGACAUCGCAAUGGAUGAUGUGGACGAUGACGAAGUCCAGGUACCGGGAGCGCGGAUGUCCCAAAAUAGCAACCAAUCAAAUGCGAGGAGUCUUACCGAGGCCUACAAUCAGCACAGAGAACAGAGGGUGCACCUGGACAUUGAGACACCCGAUGGGGUUGAGUUGGACAUGGUAGAGAUCUCCUUAACCGACAACCCCAGGAACCCCAGGAGUGUGAUCACCCAUGCGACCGCGCAUAGUCGCGGAGCGUCCAUUGCGGAAGUGUGAGGGAGUGAGCAUGGGCCGGUAAUACUCUUAAACCCCGUUUAUGUUCCCACACACCGCUUGGUUUCCCAAACACGACUUACUGUCCCGUGCACCUCUUAGUGCCCCAGACACCUGGGUGAGUAUGUCGUGUACCGCUGAUUGCCUCGGGUCUAACGUGGUGCUAAUGGGUUCGAAUUGUAGGCUAAAGUCGCCAGCAUGAUGGCCAAGCCUAUACAUGCACGUGGAUAAGCCGCUACGGGAAGGGAGGGGUGUAGCCGAACGCAGUAUAAAACUCAAGACUGGUUUAGGUGCUGUAGUACGCGAUCGUGGGAGGGGUAGCUGUGACUCGCGCACUUGCACACACACACACACCUUCACAAGUAAUUUAGAGAGUACAAACAGCACAGCACAGCGUUCGAUGUACACGCACACACACGCACUGGCUGAGCCAGAUGGUGGCAUAGCCAGGGCGUGGCAUAGGGCGUGUCAAUCCCGGUGGUGGUAGGUAGCUACGCAUUGUGGUACGUACCGGUAUUCCCGGUCCAUGACAUUUAUAUUCUCGCCAUGCACCUUCGCACAUAUGCGUGUGCCAAAGUCUGUCUUACUUUACUGAGAGGGUCGCUUGUGGUAUACAGUCAGCGACGUUCAGGCUACAAAACAACAUCGACUUAUAUCAAGCACACUUAGGAUCUGCCUACGCACAGCAAGGGACACCUGCGUCAUACCCACCUACCUACGCCUGUACUCCGUAUAUUCCCUGGUGAAACUUCGCAGGAUCGUUCUACAGUCAAGCGGUCUAGUCCAGUGUAUUGUUCCGCAGUACUGAUAGACUACGGACUACGGUGGGUCUCAUCCCCAGCUUCAGCCUGAUGCAGAGGGGGUGCGAGAUGUUCGGUACUUUCUCGGCGCAUCGGUGUCGUGGAUGUAAGGGCUUUGCAGGCAGUCACGUAUAGUAAGGGACAUGGGUGUACCGCAAGGAACGGUUCAUCGAUAUGAGGAGUAGUUAUAUGUAUAGGCGCAUUGGUAUAGUGGGAUUGUAGAACAUGAAGGUGUGGUGUGGUAUAUGAGAGAAGCCAGCUGGCUGUGGUAGGUUUUCGCAUACCGGGGAAGAAUUGAGGAGUGCUCGCAUAUACAUACAGCCGCAUGAAUAGCUCUUUCGUUACCCUAAACCCUGAGGUAGACAUGGCUCAGAUGAAGCGACUCAGCUUCGGCCGACUUGGUACAGAAUCCGUCCGACACACAACAGCCUAGCAAUAAAUAAAGGAUUAACCGGCAACACCGCAGUGGGUACAAGCACGUGCAGUUGCCUCGAGUCCUAUAAGCAGAAA